AUGGCCUGGGCUGUGAAGCACAACGCUCACCCCAACAUCGAGUACCGCUACCAAGACUAUCGUCAAGUGACUGGGCAGUUUGAUCGUAUCUAUUCCGUGGGCAUGUUUGAGCACGUGGGCCGCAAUUCCUACAGCACAUUCUUUGACAAGUGCUACGAACUCUUAAAGGACGAUGGCAUCAUGAUGAUCCACACCAUGGGCUGGGCGCGGCGAGGGCCAUGGAAUCACAACGCCUUUGUGAACAAGUACAUCUUCCCUGGGGGCGAGAUGCCCACGAUGUCCCACAUGACGCAGGAGUUUAGCGAUCGAUGGCACAUGGAAGAUUGGCAAAGCUUUGGGAAGAGCUAUGUCAUGACCCUGCGGUGUUGGCUGGAUCGGGUGAAAGACUGGCAGGCGCGCGAUGUGACAGCGCCUGUGACUUACGUAACUCGGUGUUGUUGGUUUCGGAGUUGA